GAAAAUCUUGUCGUCGUCCCUCUUUUCGAUACUUCGCAGAUUUUCUUGACUGGUUCAGCGCUGGCGGAUCAGUUCUUUGAUCUGUGUAUCUCGACCAGUAUUGUAAAAUAUGGCAACAACCAAGAUUGACAAUCCGGAGAAACCGGGACAGGAAGUGAGUGUAGUCCAUCGCAUCAGGAUUACACUGACUUCUAGAAACGUGCGCUCUUUGGAAAAAGUUUGCGCGGAAUUGAUCAACGGCGCCAAGAAGCAAAAGUUGAAGGUCAAGGGACCUGUACGUAUGCCCACGAAGGUUCUGCGUAUAACGACCCGUAAAACACCGUGCGGUGAAGGAUCGAAGACGUGGGAUCGAUUCCAGAUGCGAAUUCACAAGCGUGUCAUCGACUUGUACUCGCCAUCUGAAAUUGUCAAGCAAAUCACGAGCAUUUCCAUCGAGCCUGGUGUCGAGGUGGAAGUAACCAUCGCUAACGAGUAAAGCGAACGAAUGUUUAAUGAAACAAACUACAAAGUUUUAAUAAAAACAAUAAUUUUGUAAAUA